AUCAGGGUGUGUUUUCACGAAUACUUCAUUCUACCGCAAAUCGUCCUAGGGUUAACAUCCUAGCCUAAUCAGUUCAGUGUUCGUGACAUUGAAGUGAAAGCCGGCACUUCCUGUUAUCUACUGUCGAUUUCCUUGGAAAAUUUUGAAAUAAAUUCAUGUUUUAGUAAAAAAAGCUGAAAAAUCGUGAAAUUCAAGAAUAAAGUGAAUGCUAAUAGUUGUUUAUAGUUAUUGAUCGAAGAGCAAUUUUCCACGAUCAUACUAAGUUUUCGUCGCAUCGUAGGCGAUAUUUUACCAAAAACGUUAAAACCCAAGAAUCACCGUCACCGCCGCCGAGAUGGCGUUCAUGAUGCCUGUUGUGAAGAACGAUUGGGACAUAUACCACUCGCAGCGGACUCGGCGAGCGUCCGAGUCAGCGGAGAAGGCGGGGCUGGGCGGCGGGCGCGUCCGCAAGGUGUCGGAGUCGCGCUCGGAGGGCCCGGCGCUGUCGCCGCGCGCGCACACGCUGAGCCCGCACCGCAGCGCGCCCGCCAUGCGCUCGCUGUCGUACUGCCGCGCGCCGCCCUCGCGCGCCUCGCUGCGCGCGCCCGGCGACAGCCCCAGCAAGGGCUCGGCUAGCCCGGGCGCCGCGCCGCGCGAGGACAAGUUCCACAGCAGGGCGCGCGCCGAGUCCCCGGAGCGGCACUCGCGCUGCGGAGCGUGCGUGCCCUACCUGUGACGCCGCCGGCCCGCGCCCGCGCUCGCGCCGACACACUAUCUGUGAUCUGUUUCCGAUAGUGAACUCGAAGAGAUGAGUAGACAUUUCAUGAAUGUGCUAACUAACCGCCUAAGGUCUUUCGGAUGCUGAGAACCUAACGUUUGAAGUUACACCGACACAAUGCAAUAGUUUUAGUUGUCAUACAUUGAAUCGCUUUCCUUAACUGUUGCAUGUAUGUUAGUCGUCACCGUACCGUAUAUCAUGAUGUUCAGGUUGUCAGUCUAAGGUUGUAAUGUGGAAGUACGUUGUAUGGAUUUUUAAGACUGCGUUUAGUUUAAGCACACCCUGGGGUUUGAUAAGUAUUAUUUGAAAAAUCACCCCGGUGGUCACUAGUGGUUAGUUUGUGGCAGUUUGCGAAGGGUAUCUGUGAUUCGUUAUUUGUAAGUAAUGUGGUUUAAUUUAUUUAAGCUGAAAGGGAAAUUGCAUUCAGUUUUAUUAUUUGUGAGAGUCCUUAUUACCUAUGACAUAAUUGUAAUAUUUACCAACAAGUAUUCGUUUAGUCAAAAUUGUAUCAGAAUUAGUGGAUAUCUUUGGUAGAUGAUUUCAAUGAAAUUAACCAGCAGCUCUAUAUUUGGCAAUUAGUAAAGAAAACAAGUGAAUGUCAAUGCGGUGGAGAAUGUGACAUUUGUUAUAGUAUUUGUACUGUAGUUGUAUUAAGAGUACUUUAUAUGAAUGUACACGUACACGUAGUGCAAACUGUCGAUAUUGAUAAUUGUAAGCAGUGUUGUAUUGUAGUCAUCGAUGUAAUAAUACAAUGAUAAUUUAUUUAUAUACCGAACGGGGUUCGGCCCUGUUUUACAAACAACUUUGUUAUGAUUUUCGCUUGAUUUUAUUAUGAUGUUAUCUUGUGACUGUAAUUGGACCAGCUUUGUUAAUAGUAUUAUCUAUCAGUGAAACUGAGAUCGAUAAUAGUGAUAUAAAGUAAGAUGUAUCAUUAAAUUCUAAAAUUAAGGCAUAUCUCGAUGAGAUUAUGAAGAGGGCAUCAAGGAGUGAUGUUUCGAUGUGUUUAUUUCGUUUGCUUAAAGUUCCUUACGCCUAUUCGACUGCCACUGGUAGUUAAGUAGACCUAGGUAAUUAAAUUUAGACAUAUGCAUUAGUUUUGUACGAUGUCAAAUUCAAAAUCUUACAUUGUCAUUGAAUAUUGUUUGCGAACAUUACCAAAAAAAUGCAUGUAUUGUCAACGAUGUCUGAUCUGAUGAUUUUAAACUAUUAAACACUAAAAUAUAAAGCUUAUUAUGA